CCCGGGGCCGCAGAUUCGUGUGUGCGCUGUUUCUUCCCGGAGACGGUCCCGUCCCGUCCCGUCAAGAGAGGGCGAAAACCGCCACUGGUGCGAUCGAUGGCGACUCUUUCACGACGGACAUAUACCUAGAUGUGUUUUUCCAUCCGUUUGGGUGGUGUUUAUGCGUGGUGUAGCCGACCUGACGAACAUCGCUGUGCUGGUGCGGUUGUUGUUGUUGUUGUUGUUGCUGUUGCUACUCAACGGCAGCCAACAUGGCUGAGGAUGACAGCGAGUGGGUCGUAGAGAGCAUCGUUGGCUACCUGGGGAGUCCCGAAUGGGUCGUUCCUGUCACGGACUUUAUGGAAAACAAAUGCACAGUCUUUGAUGACGAGGAUGAGAAUAAGUUGUCGUACACAGAGAUCCACCAGCAGUAUAAGACAAUGGUGGAGAAUCUGUUGGGGAAUUACAUGCAGGAGGUUGGCAUCAACGAGCAGCAGUUUCUGGACGCAUGCACCUCUCCUUUUGCCAAGUCCAAAACACUGCAGUCUGUGUUCCAGACGGUUCUGGCUACAGAUGACUUCCAAAUAUUUCACUCCAUGAUGGUCCAGAAGAACAUGGAGCUGCAGCUUGAAGCCCUCAGAGUCAUUAAAGAAAGGAACGGGGCCCUCCCGGAGUGUCUGACCGAUGGUAUGGACGUGAUGACAGAGUUGCAAGAUCAAGAGAUGAAAAUCCUGCAGGAAGUUCUGAAAAAGUCAAAAGAGGAGUACGACGAGGAGAUGUCCAGGCGGGAGCUUUUAGAUGAAGACGUUGGCUCCACUUCCAGCAGCUGCUCUGAUAAGCCAAUGGCAGAAAACAGCGAAGCCCAGAUUACCUCCUCAUCUCCACGCCAACAAAGCAACGCUGCCAAGGUUAACAGGAAAUCGGUCACUAAAGAAGCAAGCCGGACAAAUGCCCCGGGGGGAGGGGCUCCAAAAGGUGCAGCUAAGCACAGCUCCGCAUCGAAGCCCCCACCAGACUGCGGCAGCAACGGCGUGGAGCCCCGAGUCCUCCCAGCCGCGAGAGCUCCGGCAAAAGGCGCCGAGGCCCCCGCCGGCCUCGCUCCGGGGGCCGCAGCCGAGGCGUGUCUGGAGGAGGCGCACCGGGAGGCCGGCUUCUCCGAGCCGUACACCGACUUGACGACGUCCCAGCAGGAGCAGCUCCAGCAGAGGGCGGCGUACCUGCGUCAGCAGCGAGACAAGCUGCAGGCGCUGAAGAGAGAACAGCGGAGAAGCAAGCAGGCGACGCCGCCGGAGGAGACCCCCGCCAGGCAGGAGCCCCCCGCCACCGUGACCGAGGCGGUGGGGCAGUCCCGGAGGAAUGGGGCCUGUACCACCCCUCCUCCUCCUCCUCUUCCUCCUGCUACUCUUCCUCCAGCACAACACUCUGCAAACUCCUCCAGACAGAAGGAGAUAUCUGCUGAGGAGAGGAAGAAGCUGCAGAAGAGAAAACAUCUGGCCGACAAGCUGAAGGAGGAAGUGAUCAACAAAUAACAGCAAUAUUCCAAAUGACGUGGCGUCCGCUCGCUUUGUUAAUCACGCACGGCUUCCUUUCACUCACACAAACAUUACGAGAUCUUCCGUCUUAAAAGUCUCUUCCAUCGCUGGCGGCCACGGGGGGGGGGG